AUGACCGUCCCCGCCGCCGAGCACCCCAUCGAGACCCCUCCUCGGGCGCCUUCUCCCGUUCACAACUUCGGUACCCUCGCCGUCCACGCCGGCUCCCCCCAUGACCCUGUGACCGGCGCCGUCAUUGAGCCCAUCUCGCUCUCGACAACCUUUGCUCAGCACAGCGUCGGUAAGCCCGUCGGUGUCUACGAGUACUCGCGCUCCAGCAACCCCAACCGCGACAACUUUGAGCAGGCCGUCGCCGCUCUCGAGCACGCCAAGUACGCUCUUGCCUUCUCCUCGGGCUCGGCUACUACCGCUGUGGUUCUGCAGUCCCUCGCCGCUGGAUCCCAUGUCAUCUCCGUCUCUGAUGUUUAUGGCGGCACCCACCGUUACUUCACACAGGUCGCAAAGGCCCACGGUGUGAAGGUCACCUUCACCCCCGAGAUCGAGGUCGACAUCUCCGCCCACAUUACCCCCGCUACCAAGCUCGUCUGGAUCGAGAGCCCCUCCAACCCGACCCUCCGCCUUGUCGACGUCCGCGCCGUCGUCACCCAGGCCCACAAGCACGGCAUCCAGGUCGUCGUCGACAACACAUUCCUCUCCCCCUACGUCCAGAACCCCCUGGACCUCGGCGCCGACAUCGUCGUUCACUCUGUCACCAAGUACAUCAACGGCCACUCCGACGUUGUUAUGGGCGUUGCCGCCUUCAACUCGGAUGACCUCAAGCAGCGCCUCGGCUUCCUCCAGAACGCCAUUGGCGCCGUCCCCUCCGCCUUUGACUGCUGGCUCGCCCACCGUGGUCUGAAGACUCUGCACCUGCGCGCGCGCGAGGCUACCCGUAACGCCACUGCCGUCGCCGAGGCCCUCGAGGCUUCCGAGAAUGUCAUCGCCGUCAACUACCCCGGCCUUGACUCCCACCCCCACCGCGCCAUUGCCAAGAAGCAGCACCGCGACGGCAUGGGAGGCGGUAUGCUUUCUUUCCGCAUUCGCGGCGGCCACGCUGCCGCUGAGCGCUUCUGCCAGCUCACCAAGAUCUUCACCCUUGCCGAGUCCCUGGGUGGCGUCGAGUCCCUCGUUGAGGUUCCCAGCAGCAUGACCCACGCCGGUAUCCCCAAGGACCAGCGUGAGGCCGUCGGUGUCUACGACGACCUUGUGCGCAUCAGCUGCGGUGUCGAGGACGCCGACGACCUGCGCCGCGACGUGCUCCAGGCCCUUGACCAGGCUGUCAAGGAGCAGAACGGCACCAACGGAAAGAACGGUGUCAACGGACAUUAG